CACUGCUGCAGGUGGAGCCAGAGCAUACGACCGUCAAGUCAUGACAGCAACUAGGAGUUUUUCAGGUCAAGAAAAAAGGAAAAACUGCAAUAAUAGAAUCGAUUUCUCUGCUCCCGUCAUCCGCAUUUCAGAACCGUUCAAAUUUACCUCAUUUAACGACAAAUAAAGGGAGGUAGUUACUCAUUAGAUUAGUUUUUAUAACAAGAUAUUUAAAAAAAAGCGUACAGAUCUCCAAAAAUAUGCAAAACUUGGUGUGUAGAAGUAGAACUAACAUGGUUUGGCUUCAUUUCACAUCAUUAGGAACUGAUAAAAAGUAGAGAGCAUUUUUUUCAUUUGAAAGCACAGAAAUUCUCUUUCAGCUCCUCUGAUAGUUUAAGGAUGUCAAAGAGAAUUCAAACGAUUCUGGCAGUAUUUAGUUCCCUAAAUUGAACAUAAAGUUGAUGUAAAGACUAGGGCUGCCACAAACGAUACUUAUAAUAGUCGACUAAUCACAGAUUAUUGUUUCCGAUUAGUCAACUUAUCGGGUCACGCACAAACUGGACGUAAAGCACACAUCUUAACCAUCAUAAGCUUUAAAAUAACUAAAAUUGUUAGUGUGAAUGCUGUAAGCUGAAUUUGGGUGCUGAAGCUGCUAGUGCUGAUAGAUGAAGAUGCUGAAAUUGAUAGC